AUAUCAUUGGUCAACACAUUGUAUGGUAUAAUCAGUGCAUAUGUAGUGAUAGUCUAUUCAUUCAAUGUUUGGCCGUUUGGCUCUCAGUUUGCAUUCAAAACAGUAUUUAGUUUUCAAUUUAAUAAAUAUUAUCAAAUUGUUUGACAUUUAAUAUUAUAAUUAAUAUUGUGUUUCAUCACAACUACUAUUAGUUUAUUAUAAACUAUUUAUCAGUUUUAUUGACAAAAUAAUAAAACAAUUUGCAAUUUGAAUGUGAUUUCAAUUUUGGAUUUAAAGUCAUUUGAAAUUAUUAUAUUUGUCUGCAUUUUUGGCUCAUAGCUAUUUUGAUUUCAAUUAUGGAAAGCCGACCACCGAUUCAACCGCCAAUUCCAUCACCAAAUGACUCGAGAGUUGCGAGAAAUAUUAGACCCAAUCAGUCGCCAACUAAUAGCUCCGACUAUAACAACAAUAAUCUCUCAUCAGUGGAGAACCAAACACACAGUUCACCACAAGUCGGACAUUCACGUCGACCACAUUCCGGGGUUUAUCCAAACAAACUCAUACGACUAGAGAUGGAAAACCAGAAACUGAUAAAUGAUGGACACCUCAUGAAGGAAGACUUGAAAGAAGAGAUUAACAAUCUUCGCGACCAAUUGAGAGUCAAAGACAAAGAGCUAUUUAAUGGCAAAGAGACCAUCAAUAACUUGAAAGAAGAGCUGAAACGACUAAUAGAUAUGAAUACUUCAACGCAUAGCAAACACAACCAAUUGAAGAAAAUUUAUUAUCAAAAGGAAAAGAUGUUAAUUGAUUUUCAGACCGCAAAUGCCAAAUGUAAGCUUAGAAUUGAAGAACUGGAGAAACGACUGAAGGAUUUUGGCAAUAAUAACAAUUUCGCCAAUAAUACGCCCACUGAAGCCAAUAUUAAGAAACGGGUCGAUGAAGAGAUAAAACUGCACAGAGAGACGAUCCUGAAGUUGGCUGAAAAAGAUAAAAAGCUUAGCAGUCAUUGUCAGGAUCUGGAGAAACGAAAUAAAUUAUAUGAAUCUGAAGUAAACAAAUUGCGCGAUACUAAUGGACAGUUAACCAAAGAUCUGGAUCUAUUGAGAAGUGGUAACUUAGAUGAAAUGGUUAAGAUGAACAACUAUAUAGCAGAGAUUGCUAAACUAAAGAAACAAAACUACUAUUUUCAGGGAACAGCCAAAAACAAUAAACGCAAAUCAUUGGCCAGCGAUUAUGUACUUCAACAACAACAGGACAUCAAUCAGGACGGCAUCAGACAGAUGACGACAAAUCAUAUGAAUAUAAACGAACAAAAUAUUGAAGCAUUUCGACAACAACUGAUGGAAUUGAUUAAUACGUUUGGGAGUAAACUUCAAUCGGAACAGAUUGAGAACACCGCCGAAGUGGUCGAUCAGAUGAUGCAAAGCACUGAACAGUUACAGCAAAAGGCAGCGGUUAUGACCCAAAAGUGUUCAGAGGAUGGAAAAACUAAAUGUCCCGAAUGUCACAAAGAAAUUGACACUUAUCAUAUUGAACGACAUCUCAAUGCUAUUCACCUCAAAGGUCCACAACUUGGGCUGUCCAAUGUCCCGCCACCGCCGCAAAUACCAAUGAAAUUGUCGACACCAGAGAAGAGGACAGCGACGACGGCCGGUCGACAGUUUGAUCCAAAGCGACCAAAAAUUAUUGACGAAAUAUGUAUUGAUUCCGACUCUGACUCCGAGUAGUUAUGAUUGUAUUGACAAUUGUUUAUGAAUGCAAUACAUUAUUCAUAAAAUAUUUUGUAUAAAAUUUUCAUUUUUUUGAAAAAAUAAUUAAUU